AUGGCCCUCCGUCUACCAACGCAAGCUCUUCCCCGUCGCACCACUUCCUAUUCCCACUCCCAACCCUCUCCGGCGCUGAGUCCCUCUGCGCCCGCUCAACUGCCCGACGACAACGAGGAAUCUACACAAUGGGUGGUCUUCUCUCCCUCUCAGCCAUCUACGAUUGCUCCAACGCGCACGGCUUCGACAGAGCGGGCAACCGGAAUUUCGCGUCUGAGUGAUUUUGAGUCGUUUGGUGGGACCCAGACGCGGUCCGUGUUUGAAAUAGGCGAGGACGAUGACGACAACGACGACGAAGAGGUGGAAGAACAAGAACAGGACAAUAAUAAUAUCGGUGAACAAGACGAUGAUGGUACUGAGCUGGACAGUUUAGAUGAUGGUCUCCAUGCCUUUCGCGCACCAUCGCUGGCCGAUGAUGAUGAACUGCCCACCGCCGCACAGUGGGAUCAAGACCGACAAGGGACGCCAGCGGUGCUCCCCACACAUGACGGACUAGGAAGUUUUCAAGCAUCCAGCCAGACCGUCCAGGACCAGUUGUGGCAGCAUGAACAGUUUAACCCGCAACGGAGACCUGAGCUGCGGUUGCGACGGCGUUCCAGCGUACAGCGACAUUUGGACAUGGUCGCGGAGCAGGAGCAGAUGACUAACGCGGAGCGGGACCGGUGGCAGCGUAUCGAGAAGUGGAGGAUGGAACAGAGUCGGUUGUUGUUGCAGGAGGUUGAGCGGGAGACUCGUCGGCGCAGGCGUCGCCGGAAUAGUCGUGCUAGUCGGAUGAGUGAGCAGACUACGUCUACUCAGCAGCAGAGUCAUCACCAGGCUGCUCCCUUUGAAUCGAUGAAGAGUGAUCCUGAGACGACUAGCGGGCGGCCGUCGUCUAUGGCUUCGUCUGAGUCGACAGAACCAGGAUCGGAUGAAUCGCUGUGGAAACGGAUCACUCGGAAGGUCAUUCGCGAUUUGAUGGGAAUUGAUGACAAUGUGUUGUCAGUCAUCUUCGGAGAGUCGCUGCCAGAUGAUCCUCUGAGCCAAGAGCUCACGAGUGCUUCGGACCUGGACUCCUACGGUAUUGGCGACCAGCAUCACUGGCAACCCAAGCUGCUUCAACGCAUUGCUCGUGAGCUCGGGGUUCUUGUCCAUCAACUCUGCGAACAACCUGGCGCCUUCAGCACCUACCUCACCAUGUCCAACCAAAUUGGGAAUGAGUAUGCCGGCAUGCCUCUCGAACGUCGGACAGAGGAAGAUAUGCAAACUCGGCCUUCACGGACGAGAGCACCCUCCACUUCACUUGAAACUUCAGGUAAUGGUGGAUCUAUGCCAUCCCCACACUUCUCCCCUACCCUUCCCGAACCCAGCGGACGGGAACACGCUGCGCAAUGGGGAAUCGAAGAAGACGACGAUCGUAUGGCUGGCACAUCCGAAUCCCGUCUACAACAGGAAAAAGACUACUGGGAGAGUGAUUUGGACGUCAUGAUGGUCUUCCGAUAUCUGCGGAAUCGCUUCGGCCGGAGCGGCAAUACCACGAACAACGGCAGCAGCAACAGCAGUUCUACCACCACUGCUCCUUCGUCGACAACUGCCAGUCGCAUUUCCUCUCAUCGCCGCCAGGCGCAAUCCCAGGAUGCCUCACGACGCGCAGCAAUGAUCCGCCAACACCAUCCUCUUGUUGCACAUGCCCAUUCCCGCUCUGAGGCACAGACACGCCGUCAAUCUCAACACUCGGCUGUCCACUCAGGCACGGGCACUGGCGUCUCUUCCCCAAUUCUCCGUCAAAACUUCCGUCGUCGUCCCAGUUCCAGCUGCGCCAGUCAUAGCGCAAAGCUGUCGACUAUCUCCAGCCGACGAACGAUGACCGGCUCAAGCCGGAAUUACUGGGAUAUCGGCGGAAGUAUUGAUGGUGGCAGUGCUAUUGCGCCUGUUGGGGGUGGUAUGGGGGCUUGGGAUGUCUGA